GCGGGGCGGAAGAGGAGCUGCUGGCUGACACCAAACGGGUGAGCUGCGCUGUCACUUUCACGAAAACAAACCUCUCUUUUGGCUUUUUAACUUUUCUUUUAGUGAAGACAACAGCGAGAGACACGAGUUUUGCAAAAGAAAUGUUGUGUUUUUUACUUUAACUCAUUCACUGCGGUGCUGAAAAGAGUUUGUAUGAGUGUUUGUCUGGAGGAUGCAUUACUGUCUGAAUAAUGGCUUUAUUGUCAUAUUGGCUCUCAGAUACAGCAGAGGUUUUGUCGAGCGUUUGUUUAGCAGGUUCUUUGAAUUGUCUCUGCGUUUACAAUGUAAAGUCAAAAUAGUGUGAAAAAGGCUUCGGCAAAUGCGGAGGGAAGGUCUCGGGGUUAUUUUCAUGAUUAUUUUUAAUUGAUAAAUCUAAUUGUUGAACAGUUCCAGGCUACUAAUUCAUUUCACAAACCACAGUAACAACUAAUGGAAAAAGCACUGCAAUGAAAAUCUAACAACUUCAGGUUAAAAACUUAAAAACAGUGUCGCACAAUCGGAUUCUUGUGCCUUUUAAUAUCUACUUUGUGUUAUUUUUCCUCUUUUGGACAACUGUAUAUUGAUAGUGUAAACCUGUGUGUUUAGCAUCUUAUGCAUUUUUGCUUUAUCAGAAAUAGUAUUAUACAAACAAAUGUAAUGUUUUGAUAUGGAUGCACGAGCAGCAACUCACCACCAGAUGGCGAUAGUUAACCAGGAAGCCAGAUCAGACUAACUUUUCGCCUUAUUAAAAAACCUUAUUGGAGCAAUUGAUGUUGCAUCAACAUCAACAUGGAUUAACUGUCAUUUGUCUGGAGACCCAGAGCUAAUUCUGUCACAAAUAUAUAAAGAAGAUUCAAGACUCUAUUAAACCCAGAUAUUCUCUCUCUGUUAAAUGAAAUUAAAAAGGAGACUAACUGUACAUCACAGUUAAACAUCAGUUCACACUACCUCACUAAUAAAAGCAUCAGCCUGAUUGUGUUGUUUUGUGGGAAUUAUAAAACAAGUAGAAAAUUAAAAAGAGGAACAACACUUAAAAAUUUAAACAGAGAAGAAAAAUCAGUGCAAUUGAAAUGGUCCUCAGAGGAGCUUUAACUUUAAUGUCUGACUUUAUAAAAUACAUAUUCAUACUUAUAAAGUAUAUGUAUGUAUACUCUGUUUAGAAUCAAACUCCUCUUCUCUUCCAGAUCAUUAUGUCUCAGGCUGACUCCUCAGACAUGGACCCCUCUACUGACAUCACCCCUCCACCGGCCCUGUCCACUCACCCUGAUCCCGACUCCUCUCAGGAUGCCCCAGCAGCCAUCGCUCCACCCUCGGCCCCACCAGAGUCUCUUGUUACCCCUGAGAGUUCAGUCCUCCCACAGCCCACUGAGGAGACGACCUCAGAGGACACCACUGCUGAUGCAAACACCUCAGAGGGGUACACCGAGCAUCCAGAUCCUGCUGCUGAGGGUCAGGUGGUUGAAUGUGACCAACCAGUGAGCCUGGAGGGUGAUGCUGAUGCUGCAGGAGAGGAUGAAACGGUGUGUUUUUGCAUUUCUGUUGCCCUUGUUUAUCAAACCCUUGAGACAUAUGAAGUGUACACAGACCUCUAGGCCCGUGGUCCCCCCUACAAGUAAUGUUCACAUGUUUUUGUGAAUGCAGACGUCUCUUCUGGAGAAAGACAAAGGCUGGGGUGGUUGGAGUACAUGGGGAAAAUCUCUCCUAAGCAGUGCCACCUCCUCUGUGGGUGAGUCAUCUGUCCUUGUUUCCUUCCUUACUUUCUCAAGUACCCUUUCUCCUCCCUCCCUCCUCAGCUGUGUACCUUUGUCUGUGUGUGCAGGUCAGAGUUUGAACUCGGUGAAGGUGAAGGCAGGAGAAGCUCUACGUCUCCACAGGACCUCAGUGGGAGAGGAGGCACAGGAGGAGGAGGAGGAGGAGAAGGAGAAGGGAGAGGGGGAGAAAGAGGGUGGAGGUGGAGGUGGAGGAGAAAGUGGAGAAAUUGACCUGUCCAGCUCUACAGAGUCCUCUGUGAGUGCUGCAGCACCUGGCAGGGGAGUGUUCUCUACCAUCACACAUGCUGUGCAGAACACAGUGAGUGCACGUACACACACACACACACACACACACACACACACACACACACACACACACAACACUGCAAGCUGUCCACCUUACCCAGCUACAAGAUCAUGUGACCAACCUGCCAGGUCAGAUAAACUUACUGUCUUCUAGUGAAACUUGCUCAGCAAAUGGCCACUUGAGGUUCAAACAUUUACCACUGAUUAUUUAACCUUCUCUUUAGCAAAGAGACCAAACACAACUCACCCACUCUCUUCCAGCAGCCGCUUGUUUGUGGUGGGAGCCUCGACGAGUUGAUCAGCAAGUGCAGCGGAUCAUUUCCUUGAAAUAAUGAUCAUCAUAAUAAUCAUUUUGUACUGCAGAAGUUCUUCCACCUGAGCGUCUCGGUCUGAUUGCAUUUCCAUGAAGUGAUAAUCAUAAAUGUUCUUCCUUGAGCUGCGAAAUUCUGUGAUCGACUCGUCAGAGCUCCACCCACAAACAAACGGCUGCUGGAAGAGAGUAGGUGAGUUGUGUUUAGUCUCUUUGCUAAAGAAAUUAGUCAAAGUUAAAAGAUGUUUGGUGUCUAGUACUAUGUCUGUGACCCUAUAUGUCCUGUUGAUGAAGUUAGGUGCUGUUCUGAGCAUUAUUUGUGGCUAUAAAGUGGUGUUUUGGUGGAGGUUUGCGUGUGUAUUGCUAUUGUGCGGUCAUUAUUAAAGUUGGUAUAACUAGAGAAGAAAGCGGUCGGCAACAUUCAUCUCUCGAGGGGGUGUCUAACUCGGUGUUACGGUGUGUUUGACCCUGACUUUAUUUUAUGCCGGAAUAUCCCUUUAAGAUGUUACUUAGACUAAUACCUCCAGCCUGACAUCAAGUUAUGUUGUUUUUCCAUGGUGAGUUUGUCCCUGUAUGGUUAACAUGUGGAGUGGGUAAAAGAUGCUGAUCAUUAACAUAAUUGUGACCCACUAAAAUGUACCUGUCACUCUGUCCCUAUUAUCUUAAUUUAUCUUGAGUAUUUGAGCUUUGCACCUCUCUGCUAAUUUGCUGUAUCUUCCUGAAAGGGUAAGUCUGUGAUCAGUGGAGGUUUGGAUGCUUUGGAGUUUAUUGGAAAGAAGACCAUGACGGUUUUGGCUGAGAGUGACCCAGGUUUUAAAAAGACCAAGACCCUGAUGCAGAAAACAGCAUCACUGAGCCAGGUAUACACACACACACACACACACACACACACACACACACACACACACACACACACACGAACACAAGCACUUCUCCUUUGGGAUGAAGUAAAACUAAUGGGGAUCAGCGGGAUCCUUUCAAAUGAGUGACAGCUGUGGUAUAAGACUGUUAAAUAUAAUUCUUCAGAUGUUGAAGGAAGCCAAAGAAAAGGAGCGUGCACGUCUGGGUAACCAGCCAAUGAGCGAACCCACAGCUCACUAUGGUAUACUGUUUGAUGACUACCAAGGUCUGUCACACCUGGAGGCCCUGGAGAUCCUGUCCAACGAGAGCGAGGGCAAGGUGAGCAACAAGUGUGAGCGAAGAGCGUGCUUUUUAAAGAGUCUGUUUUUAACAGAGCUAAUGAAGUCAUCAAAUCCCUCUCUGCCCAAAGGUCCAAGCCUAUCUCUCCUCACUGACAGAAGAGGAGCAGGAUGAGGUGAAGAAGGAGCUGAUCUUUAUCAGGGAUAUCUUCAACAAGCAAUAUGAAGAGGAGAAAGAAGAAGAAGGAGAAGAAGAGGAGGAGAAAGAAGACGAAGAGAAACAGACGAAGGAUAACGGUGAUCUAAGUUCCCACUUACACUGUUCUGCCCCCAUAUGUGAGUGAGCCAAACAAACACCAGACAUGCUGGAGGUAGAGGAGGUCCCUGAGCACUGACACAGGAUCAGUUUUCUUUACACACAUACAUCUGACAGACACGUCCUGAUAUACUGGAUCACAUAAUCCCAAACUAGACUGAUGUUUCUCUUUGGUUGAACUUUCUGCCUCGAGCUGCUUUUACUCACGACAUCAGGUAUUUUAGAUGUAUAAGUUCCUGUCAUUCUGUUGAUAUACAUUAAAAUACAGAGAGUUUCCUGUCUCUCUGUGUUGUUAAUAACAGUUUGUAAAGACCUGGUUAAAAUCUUCUUCCUAGGUUAUUACAUUUUUUGAUUGCUAGUAUAAUUACUUUUCUGUCCAACAUGGUUUGAUCAAUAACUUCAACUCAUCUUUUGUAAGAGAGAGUAGAUGAUCAAUCAUGUUUGUUGUAAUCUCUGUGGGAUACUGAAAUGAGCCUUAAGAGCAGAAGCAUCAGAAUGAUAAGUACAGUUUUCUAUAAGACCAUCAAAACUGUAUUAUGAUAUUUGUCGAGUGUAAUUCUAAUCGAAAAUAUGCUAUUUGUAAAAGAUUGGAAAAUGAAACUGGUGUCAUUCUCAGUCGAAAUGUUCUACCAAAGUGAAAUUCAUAGUCAAGGAGAAAUCAAUCAAUGCCAAGUCUUAGCUUUGAUCAAAACCUACUCACUUCUUAUCACUUCAUAUUCUUUGAAACACAUAAAUGUUAAUCAUACCAAACCACACGUACAGAUGCAGAAAUCUGAGGUGGUGUUUCUUCAUCCUCGGGGUUUAAUGGGUUCCUGGUCCAGUGUUUGUGCUCAGGGGUCACCUACAGGUUCAUAUUACAUCAAAACCAACAAAAACAAUUGACAAGAUGAAGAAUUUAAAUCCCCUCAAAUUAAAACAAUGUCCUGAAGGUUUCAUUAAUUUGGCAUGAAAAUAAAUUGAAAUGUGUUGCAGAUCUCUGCCAUGCUGCUUGCUGAAGACAAACAUGAAUCAUACAGUAUAAUUACGAUCUCAGCAUGGGGAAAAACAGUGCACGUGGAGCAAACCUGCUUUCAUUUUACUCUUUAUGCAUGUUUUGCUUUUGCUAUGCUGUGUAAAUGGAGGUAUAAUGACAGAGCACGGAUGUGUGUGUGUCUGUUUGUGUCUGUAAUGUGUAACUCUGUCCUCAGCGGGGGGCGAGGAGUUUGUCAGUGUUCUCACUGAGCUGCUGUUUGAGCUUCAUGUAGCUGCUACUCCAGACAAACUCAACAAGGUGAGUCUGACACACACAUGCAUACAAACAUAUACACAUCUUAGCUCUCCCCAAAUGUCUGUGGUUUGAACAAGAUCUGAAGUCACAGAGGAAGCCUGGUUCAGGAGUAUGUUUUCAGGAGCACAGGUGCAGCUGAAUCAUGAUGAGAGAAAUAUCAUCUCAAUACCACAGGCAGCAGAGGGUCUCAGUGAUCCUCUUUUUUUAGCGUCUUAAUAUAACUUCUUGACAGUCUGACACGAGGUUGUAACAGAGAGAAAAAAGGCCAUUCAUACUGCCGUCAGUCUGCUAAUAAAACAUCACAGACAAAGGCCUAAUGAGCAUUUAACUGUUGAAAAGGUGUUUAAAAGAUAUUGAUUACCACUGUUCACAAAAUGUUUAAAACUGUUUCAGGAGCUCAAUUUAGUUGAAAUUUUGCCUAUUUGUAUCAGUCAGUGAGUGUGUUCACUACAAUGACCUCAGGUGUUCAAUUACUGAUGAAAAAUGACUUUGUAAUAACACUGUCAUAAUAAUAAUUCACAUUCCUCUUUUUCAUCCACAAAGUUAUCAGUUUAUAAAAAUCCUGCAGAUGUGUGGGGCUCUAAAUCUUAAUUUUUGAUGUUACUUAAAUCAACCGAAACUCAAACUGAUGCCUCUUUUAAUAUGCAAAAACAAACAAAACCAUAAGCAACAAGACUGAUGGUUUUUAUUUUGUAAUUUUUGAUGCCUGAAAUUGAUGCGUGGGGGUAUCAAUUUCAGCAUAUAGUAUUUAUGAUAAAUUAUACAUUUUAACAGGAGGAUAUUUUUGGUCAAAAGACACCACUUAAGACAAAGACUGCUUUGUCACUAGGGGGCGCCAAAACUAACAUAAGCUUAUAGUUCCCCACAGGAGCUUUAACCUGUUUUAUGACAAGUGGAUGUCGUCGUGUUUUGUAUCUGGUUGAAAAUGAGUUGAGGGAAGGGCAUUCAGACCUGAUUUCACCUUCUUUUCAGCUAAAUCCGUGUUGGUGCUCGCUGGGUAAACUUAUUGAUACUCUCUACAAAAGGGGGCGUGGCUUAACAACAUCAGGCUAUAAAAACAUUACAUGUGAGAUUUGUGCACGCAGUAAUUAGAGUGUGCAGAUGAAACAGUAACUAUUUGCUGCUGUUUUGACAGCUAUUAUGUGGCAUUUCAAAGUUCAUGGAUCUGGUAGUAAAAUGUAAAAACGAUCUAAUUUCGACCUAAAACUGCUCUGAACUCAGCACCAAGUAAACACCUGCAGUAUACCUACACCUCUGAGGCUUUUACAGACCUUUUAACUCCUUUUUUAUAAACAAAAUUUCUCUUAAAAUUCCAUAAAUUCUCUCCUCCUGCUGCUGUCUUGAAAGAAAUAUAUAAGUUACUGCCUUUGAAGUUCUUGUUAAUAUUUAACUUCACAUAUAGAGAAGCUACAUUAGCAUAUAAUCGUGUGCAUGCAUCUAAUUAGCAUACAUCAGGAUGGUUAUCUGUCCCCAUGCUGAGCUGAUGGGGGUAAUUAUGCUUUUCCAGGCUCGCAGGAGGGCCCAUGAUUGGGUGAGCGAGGUGGAACAGCCUGUCACCACAGAGACAGUCAGCAAGGAAAUCCAGGACCUGCCGGGAGGAGAGGCCUCACCUGAAGAGACGGAGGCAGGGGAGGAAAAGAAAGAUGUAGAAGGAGGAGAGCAAGGGGAGGAGAUCAGCAGGGGGGAAGAGAUGAAGGAAGGAAGGGAGGACCCCAGAUCUGUGGAGGUGAGGACGACUCAUCAUCAUGUGGCUCAAAUCUGUGGAGAAGUUUUUUAAUGAAACCGCUCUAUCAUCCUGAUGUCGCAGGGUGCUGUGCUUUAAUGUGGUAAUAGAUAUUUAAAUGUGUGUGUCUGACCGUGUGUGUGUGUGCAUGUGUGAACGUGUGUGUUCGUCUCCCUCUCUCCAGGCCGUCUACCUGUCAUCCGUGGGGAGUCUGGCAGAAGUGACGGCUCGCAGUAUUGAGCAGCUCCACAAGGUGGCAGAGCUCAUCCUCCACGGUCAAGAUCAGGAGAAACCAGCCAGAGACCAGGCACACAUCCUCACCAGGUGUGUGUGUUUGUAUGUGCGUGUGUGUGUGUGAGUCAUUUUGAUGUGAUAGAAAUAACAUGAGCAAACCUUUCGUGUCAAUCCCAGGUUGACGUGUGCCAUGUGUAAGGAGGUGGAGUGUUUGGCCAAGAAGUUCUCUGACACGCUGCUUCUUGUUGGGGUAAGUGAGAAGGAUUGUGUUGUUGUUGUUGUUGUGAGGCUUUUGUGUGAACACUGGGGGUGUAAAAGGAUAAGGCUUGUGUAUUUUUUUCUGUUGUUACCAAAUCUUAUAAAGGUUCUCAAAGCCCAAAAAAAAAAAAGCAUUAAUCUGCCCUGAAUACUCGGAGACGUCCCCACCCUGUGUAGGAGCUCAUCCCUGAGCCUCUCAGCUCAUAAAGAAAACAACAAUAAAAAUUUAAACGCUCAGUCAUUUUCUCAAACAGAUGUGCGCAGUAGAAAAUGUCACUCAGCUAAAAGCGAAUUAUGGGACUGCAGCAUUUUCCCCUGUGGAUUUUUAUUGCAGCAGGAUGGUUAAUGCAUGACUGAAUAAACAUUUUAUCAUCGACUUUUGUAUGUUACAUAUCAGCUACAUAGGCUGUACAUGCUCCAUGAGCUCGAUUCAUACUUCAGCCUUUGCUACACCAGUGCUGUGAUGGUUGGAGACAGAAAAGGCACAGUCUUUCUUCACCAAACAUGUGGAAAUAAAUGGAAAUGUUCCCAAGUGAAAUUCCUCUAUGACUAAAAGUGUGUGGCUCAGUUGUGUAUUUUGAAUCACUCUCACAGAAGGAGGGCGCAGAGGAAUAAGCUUAUAAAUAAUGUGCUUUUUAUUUUUAUUAUUUAUGUAUUGUAGUCAAAAGGUCACAGUCAUGUCACCCUCUUUAAGGUUGUCCGUACAUGGACAGUAAACUUGUGUUUUCAUUUCUUGCAUCUUUACUCACUGCUGCUUCCCGUCUCUCCUUCAGGGUCAGAAGAAAGCAGAGGAGUUGAAUCCACUGGUGGACAGCGUGCUACAAGAGGUGAGACGCUCAGACUUUAAAAAUGUUUCUAGAUUUGAACAAAUUAUUGAAAAACACAUUUUGACUGUUUUGGGUACACAUUAGAGCUGCUUAUUAUAAGCAGCAACUUAAAUUUGAAAACAAAUCAUAUCUGUAUCUCCUCAAUAUAAUAACAAAGAUGUAUAUCAUGUAAUUAUUUUUUAAUCAUUUUGAAGCAAUAAAGAUGAUUAGUUAUGGAGCGAGUAAUGCAAUGAUAAGGAGAUUUUUGGCACCGUUCAUAAUGCAUUUUGUAAACUUGCCUGCAACUUGCAUAAAACACAACCAGAGGUGCCGAGCCUGCUCCUCUGUGAACAUAACAAGGCGUACAUACAGAGUAAUGAUGUCACAUCUGCACGCAUGAUCAGGUUAUUUGAUUUUGCACCCAUAUCAACAGUGGAUUCAGAUUAUCUGAUUCCUCAAAUUUUAAAUCAUAUCAAGAAAUUUUGCCCAUGUAAACCUGGCUAAUGUUCUCGUGUUUUUCUGUCUGCAGGGUUCAAACAGCACAAACUACAUCCACAAUGCAUUCCAGCUGCUGUUGCCCAUCUUGCAGAUCUCCCACAUCCAGAGCCAACAGAGUCACCCGGCUACAGAACCAACAGAACAAACACAACACUAACACAAACACACACACACACACACACACACACACACACACACACACACACACACACACACACACACACACACACACACACACACACUAACACACACAGACAGGCUACCUACUCACCUGCUUGUCCUAAUGUAUCUAUGGUUGUACAGUGAAGUAUAGAGAAUAGAUUAUCACAGAUUAAAUGCUUUAAUCUACAUCAAGUGCCAUAGUUAAGAUGUUUUCUAUUUACAUGAUCUAAUCUUAGAGAUGACAGUUUAACUGACGGAUUCACGUUGAAGCCACAAUAGAGCAGAUUGUAUGUCUGUCUCUUCCAGGAUUAUUGAAGAUUUACAUAUUUUUCAUCUAAAAUUGAGAUGGUGUGACAAAAACAUGUUUACUUAUUGUCUCAAAAAGCUGAACCAAAUAGAAAUCUUACUGAAUUACUGAAUGUUUUAAAAAAGAUUUUAACAUUAAUGUAUAUCAAGCUUUCUUUGCACUCAUUAUGGUCCACUAUCAUUCCAACAGAGGGAGCAGUGACUAACUUUAGAGAGGUGUUAGUGUUUCUGAAAUGUACUAAUCUGGUUUGAGAUAAAAUGCCAGUAUUAUUGAUAAUUGCUUUUUUUAUUCUUAUUUUUGCUAAGUUAUGUGAAGCAACACUAUUUUUAGUCUUAUGCAACUUGGUUGAAAAAAGUCUUCAUGCUUAAAAUUGCACAAGAAAAUACUCUAAGUUCUCUCUUCUUCUCUUGUCUAGACAUUGAAGUUUUGAUGUAGUUAUAUUUGGUUCACAUUAACUUGAAAUAUGCUGCUACAUUCUUAAAAGGUAUAUUUUAGCUUAUUCGGACAAUGUCUGUACUUCUUUAUCGCUGCGAAUAAUAUGAUAAGAUCAAAACAGAUUUCACAUGUGUUUUACAGACCUGAAGAUAAAGCCAGCAGCAGAUUAAUGCAGUUUAACACAAAGACUUGUAAAAGCUAACCUGGUUUGUUUUUCCAAAGAAGAUAAGAAAAUUCCUCUACCAGCUUGUCAACCCAUAAAUAGAAGUAAGAUAAUAUGGAGAAACAGGAGCUAAGGCAAAGGCAAAAAUCCUACAAAUAAAAAAAAAAAGCCACAAAACAUCAUUUACUCUUGAUUUUGUACUGACAUUGUCCUGCAGGAGUGGGUACUGUGGUUAAACAGAAAGAAGUUUUUAGUACAACAAUACAAGAUUGACAGCUUUAAUGUGGUAAAUGAGGUAUAGCUGUUGCGUAAAGUAUCCAGCAGUAAUAGCAACAUGGGCUCUUGUUUGGUUUUGUGUUUCUCUCCAGCUCACUUUUUGAAGUCCAACUGUCACUUUAUGUCGACCUGUUCAGGCCUCUGAUUGGCCGUUUAACCUCUGAAUGCUUCUGUCUGUGCUGUGUAACACUGAGCUGGUGUUGAUUUGGUUUCAUUAUACAUGUCAAACUCUUUUAUUUGAUGUGUCGCUGAAACGAAAAUAUUGACCACAGCCGCUCCACCGGAAAUCCUGUAAUGUGCUUAUCAGCGAGUGUGAGAGGUUAUUUCCUGUUCCCCUUUUUGCAGUCUAAUUGAUGUGCUGAGCUAACAUGCUGCUGGCGUUAGCUAAAUAUUGACCAAACAGACAUGAAAUGGUGCUGAUUUUCUCCUCUGACUCUGGCCUAAACAGAAACAAGUACUAUCCUAAAUAUUGACUUAUUUCUGUGACAAAAACGAUCAUGUCAUGUCCCCUUUUAGACUCCACUCUAAAGACAUCAAGAAAGACCUCUCCCUUAUGAUUUUGUUUGGUCAUAAAUCAUUUACAGAGUAAAGGCUUGAAGUGAGGUUUUUGAGUUUUCCCUUAGAGGGGUGCAGUAAACCAUUUUUCAUUACGCAUCCCCUCUCCUGUAACACCUGUGUUGAGUUAUAGUAAAAAUCCUAAUGUGCUCAGAGUACAUCUGUUUUUGAUUGCCAGCGUUAAAUGAGGUCUUAGCCUUCAAUUGGCAGUAAACAUAGAUCUCUUAAGGAGAUAAACCACUUUUAGCAUGCUCUUUACUUUUUCUUGCUACCUGUCAGAGAUAAACGAAUGAAGUCAAGGAAAACUGUCCUGCACAGCAUAACAGUCAUGCCUGUUUUCACUCCUUUUAGCUUCAUCUGUCUAGGGUUCGACUGCUUUAACACAAAAUGAUUUGCUCUGCAGGGUGAGUAAUGUUUGGGAGACUAGUCAAAGGUCACUAAAAAGGUCAUGUUUUAAUAUUUAAAGAUUCCUUCUUGAUAAAGAGCCCUUCUGUGUGAAGAUGACAUAAUGGAAAUAAAUAAGUAUAACCAUCUUCAUGUGUCUCUGAUACUUUAUUUUCACCACACAUGAGGCAGGGACUGGUAACAUUCAUAUUUAGUUUCCUCCUCUGCUCCUCAGACUGCGCCUCUGUCACCAGGGCUGCUCCUCUGUAAGGGAGGAGCUGGACGGAUGGCCACGAUGAUGCAGAUUAACUACAAAGAGACACAUUUCAGAAGUAUUAUCAACAGAGUUAAACAAUAGAGGAAGAGGUUUAGAUACUGUGUGGAGGGGAGGGGAAGUUGUCAAGUCUUUUUUUUUUCUCCUGCUCCAGAGACACACAGAUAAUUAUUUAUUUGUUUGCAUCAUAUUUAACUUCAGUAUGUUUGAUAUUCCUAACCAGCUUUGGCAUUAAAGCUCCUGUGAGGGUUUUUUCAUGUUUAUAAAAUAUACUGAGAUUCACAUUGAUGCCUUUUAUGACAUUCAGAGGCAAACAAGACUAAAACAGACCUUUUUUAUGCCGUAACUUUUCAUGCCUGAAACCGGUGCGAUGGAGUAGGUGUCAGCCAAGCAGCUGUCGAAACAGCCCUAUUUUUAACAUUUCCACUAUAUUUUCACAGGAUAUAAACUUGAAUGAACUGAGUCCUUUGUGAUACACAUUAACAAUUGUCAGAUCUGGAUAGUAUGAUACUGAAAACAGCUGUGACACAUGACACUGUUUAAUGUCUGAAUACUUCAUGAUCUUGCUGUCAAGCUGAGAUACCUGAGUAACAGUUGUCAACAUUUCCAUCCAGCAGAGUUUCUACGUCAUCUGAAAACAUGAAAAUGAGUUUUAACCCAAAAAGUUUGAAACACUUUAAUGAUUAAACUGAUGAUAAAACGUGUUUUCAUUGUUUAAUGGUCGGUUCUCUACCGUGAUUGUCGACUUCUUGAAUAGGUGACAGUCCUGCAAUACAAACAUGAAAACAAAUCAUUAAGGACUGAAUCGACAGAGUUACUCAAUAAUUUUCAUAACAACAAAAGUAUGUCUGACCUGACCAAGACCGGGGCCCGUAAGGGUGGAUAACCGUUCCUGCUGGACAAGAAGAGGUCAACUAAGUCUCAGUUUGAUGGAAAUGACAACUACAAAGUGUGAAUUGUGUAAUUUUAGAAACAACUAUACCUUUGGGGAUAGCAUCAUCUGUUUGUGUCUCAGUUUCUGAUGGAUCGAUUGUGAAAAACAUGCAAGAUGUUAGCCGUAUUCAAAAAUACACAUUUCAUACAAACAUAUCUCAUGUCUAAAAUACCCCUUCAUGAACACUGAAAACACAAUAUUUACCAUUUAGCUGCUGAGCGGUGAAGCUGCAUCCAACAGGCUGCCUCUUUUGUUUCUCUGAUGGAAGUAUGAGACAUUUUCAGGAUAAAUCUUUGAGUGAUUCAACCAACAAACAGUGUUUAUGUGAGUGUGUGGGUGUGUAUUUGCAUGUUUUUGUCUUACUGUCAGAGCGUCUCUUCCAGUAGAUUUGUCCAGUCACUGUUGUGAUGACAGCCAGCAGCACGACACAUAGCAGAGCCAGCCAGAGCACCCUGAGCACGCUCUGCCACUCACCUAAGAGAGAGAGAGAGAGG